AACAGGAAAGAUAUGUUUUGAAAAAAGUCCCUGCUCGUAACUGACAAACCGGUUUAAAUUUGAAAGUCUCUGUUGUGGGAGUUGGCUGUUGCUUUGCUGGUCAGAAAGUUUUCCUCUUAAAGGGGGUGAUCGCCCGUUUCCUAAAGGCGUCACUGCAAACAAACAAGAAAAAAUACCAAAGCAACUGCCCAGCAGUGACUUUGAAGAAGUCUUUUAAAACAAAGUUUUGCUUUCAGUUGGGAUUGGGGCAAAGAUUUAAUCUUCGCUUUGUAAUGCCAAGAAGGGUCGAGUUGCAACGGAGGAGAUCGAGGCGACUGAAAGAUCAGGUUCAAGAAGAGGGAGAGAUGGAAACUGAGAGCCAGGAGCAAGCAGAUUCCCAGACUAGUGAAAUGUUGGUCCUGACGCCCAGGAAUCCCAUCCGAGGGAGCUCCAGAAGCCUGAGGAGAAGUGCGACAGCAAGGAUAGAGGAGGAGCCUGAGCCGGUUAACCUGAAACCGCUUCAGGUCGUUCUGCAGAACGUGAAGGCGGACUUAGAUUUCAAGCAAAGGAAGAUGAAGAAGGAGGAGGAACAGAAGGAAGAAGGGGAGGAUGGAUCUGAGCACCAGGACACCUCCAGGAGCAUCAUGGUCCCUCCUGUGGUCAAGGAGGGUCUGAGACCAGCUAUCUACAGCCUUCAGAAACUGAGAGCGAAAAUACCUGAAGAACCCCAAAAAAGGCCAAUAUGGAGGAAGCCCCCAGAGAUACCAACAGGGAAAAAAACUUCAAAGGGUACCUUGGCGAGGGUUUGGCCUAGCUCAGGCUUGCUGCUCUGCCUCCUGCUGGCCGCUCUCCUGCUCCUAGCUCUCCUUGGUUGGUACCUCCUGGGCUCGGGGCAGGUGGCACUGCCCACCGCGGCCUGGGGCCUGGUUGGCUUGCUGAAGGUGGACUGGAUUUACAGCUCGUUACCGUGGCAACAGGAGGCCUGCCAAGACGACUGCAAGUUGACUCUGGUGGAGAGUAUUCCGAUCGGACUUUCGUUCUCCAAAGGUGCCCCUCACCAUGUCUCCAUCUACGAUGGCUGGAUGGAUCUCCUCAACCAGGCUAACCACACUGUGGAGAUCGCAGCCUUUUACUUCACCUUGCGGGGCCGUGACCUGAGCCAAGGGGAUCCUACGGCCUCUCAGGGUGAGCAAGUCUUUAAGCAGCUGGCGGGUUUGAAAUCACGUGGGAUUACCCUGAAGAUCGCUGUCAACAGCCCCCAGCAGUCUGAAAACGACACAGACGAUCUAGCGAAAAGCGGUGCUGAGGUGAGGCAUGUGUUCCUGAAAAACCUGACGGGUGGCAUUGUCCACACCAAGGUCUGGGUGGUCGAUGGACGCCAUGUCUACAUUGGCAGCGCCAACAUGGACUGGCGCUCUCUGACCCAGGUCAAGGAGCUGGGGGUGGUGCUGUCCAACUGUAGCUGCCUGGCACGAGACAUGGACAGGAUCGUCGGCACCUACUGGUACCUGGGGGCGGAGGGGGCAGCUCUCCCCCGACGGUGGCCUGGCAGGUACACUGCCCUGUCCAGCAAGGAGCAGCCGCUCAGGCUGAAACUGAACGGGAUUGCAGCAGAUGUGUACGUCUCGAGCGCUCCGCCCUCCCUCUGCCCCUCUCGUCGCACAUCAGACCUCAGCGCCAUCCUGAGCGUGAUCGAUGAUGCGGAAGCUUAUGUCUUCAUCUCAGUCAUGGAGUUGGUCCCCCUCUGCCAGUACUGCAAACCUCCGAGAUUCUGGUCCGCCAUUGACGACCGUCUGCGUGAAGCGGCCUGCCAGCGGAACGUGUCAGUCCGCCUGCUAAUCAGCUGCUGGGAGCACUCUUACCGGCCGAUGUUUGUCUACCUGAAGUCCCUGAGUGUCCUCGCUGAGCGCCCGCUGAACUGCAAUAUCGAGGUGAAGAUCUUCAGAGUUCCGGCCACAGAGCAACAGAAAAAAAUACCGUUCAGCAGAGUCAACCACAACAAAUACAUGGUCACUGAUCGCAUUGCCUACAUUGGGACAUCUAACUGGGCAGAGGAUUACUUUGUGAGAACGGCUGGCGUGGGGCUCGUCAUAAACCAGACAGGCGUGGCACAUGACAACCCUGGCACGGUGCAGAGCCAGCUGAAAGCAGUGUUCGAGCGAGACUGGACUUCGACUUAUGCACUGAGGCUGGACAGUGAAGAAAUGAAGCAGCAAUGCCUUUCGCACAGGGAGGGUGCAUAAGGAGCUGGGAGCAUGAGAAACAGUCCUGCGUUUGGGAGGGUGGGGUGGGGGAGGGGGUUCUGGGUGAGAUCGAGGGAGCCACGUUCAGGAACCCAAGGCUCUCUCCGUCUCUCCCUCCCUCGACCCCCUUUGUUCCCCUCCCACGUCUCACCACUUGGCGAAAUAGCUUCUUUAAAAUGUGUAGGACUUGCUUUAGGAAACCUCUCCUUCCCCCAUAACAAAGCGAAUUUGACUCAUCAGAAGUUAUUGGCGACAAAAGCUGUUCCACAUGGCUUGAGUUUGUUCGGGCCUUCCUUUCACUCGUUUUGACCAAGUAACGUUGUGCAGAUUCUGGAUCUUUGAAGGCACGAUUAACUCCACUUGGUCCCUCCGUCCCUGGGUGCACGGAGGUGUGAACCUGUUUGGAAAGGCUAAAGCGUUCCUACUGAUUUUUCACCCCAACAUAGUUCUGUUAUCAGGGCACUGUGUUCCUGGAGAACUCUCCAGUGUCUUCCCCACCUUUGGGCAGCCCAUUGUCAAUCUGUUUGUUUAAGGAGGGCGAGGGUCACUGUCAGAAUAAAACCACAUGACUCAGUAGACCCCUCUGGGAUAUCUGGCUUGGUGCCAUGCUGUUUUUCCCAUCAUUCGGAAACCAUUUGGCCCGUCGUGUGCUAGCUCAGUGUGUGUUUGGUCUGGUAACCUGUUCCUCAACCAGUCCUUCUGCUAACCCACUUUGAAUGUUCGCUGGGAAAAUCUCUAUUAGUUCAGCUACUAUGAAACAUCAGUUAUAAACAAUGGCUUCCAAAGUGGGCUACUCAUUCAAGACGUAAACUUGCUAGUCUUGGUCUGAAUUUAAAUGCAAUAGCUUUUGAGUGAAGUAGUUGUUUAGAGUUUGAGUAUUGCUGAGAAAGUCACAAAUUCUUGAAGCUUCCAUUCUUACAUUCAUCAGGACAUUCACAAGAAUGCCACUAAGUCAGAGGGAACAACAAUUUAAACUUUAUGAGAAGAGGGUGCUGAUUAUUUGACAAGUGGAGUUUGAUUCCUCAGGGAUUUUGCAGUCAGAGGAAUGCAUAAACACAACAAAAUGGGGAGCAGCCAUUGACCAAUGCCUUGACCAAUUGGAGUCAAUCUGCCUGGUUUAAAUUUAGACAAUGUUCAGUAAUUAACUGUCAGUCAUCAUCAAACAGGUGCAAAAUAGGCAACAGCCAUUGACCAAUGCCAUGACCAAUUGGAGUCAAUCUGCCUGGUUUAAAUUUAAACAAAGUUUGGCAAUUAACUAUCAGUCAUCAUCGAACAGGUGCAAAAUAGGGAACUGUCAUUUACCAAUGCCAUGACCAAUUGGAGUCAAUCUGUCUGGUUUAAGUUUAAGCAAUGUUCGAUAAUUAACUGUCAGUCAUCAUCAAACAGGUGAAAAAUAGGCAACAGCCAUUGACCAAUCGUAGUCAAUCUGCCUGGUUUAAAUUUAAACAAAGUUUGGCCGUUGACUGUCAGUUAUCAAACAAGUGCAUUCUGCAUGGCAGCAGCUGUACAAAUCAGAGUUUGCUUGUCAACUAAACAGCAGUCUAUUCUCAUACAGCAUAAAAUGUUGUUAAUUCUUAUGAAAUCUCCUGAUAUGUCAAAGAACUGUUUAAAUUGUUUCAGGAAUACUGUUUCAAAACACUAGUUGGGUAUUCGUCUGAAGCAUGGUAUCCACUUCUGUGCACUGCUGUUUCGGAAGGGUGGUGGAGCUUUUCGAGGGUGGGGGAAAAAAGCAAAAUAGAUUCAUGGGAGUGGUUCCAGGGAUUGAGGAACUUUGGUGACGUGGAUUGUAGAGAGAAGCUGGGGCUGUAAUCCUAGUCGAAGAAGGAAUCUAAUUAAGGAGUUUACAACAUGAACAUUCAGGCCAGAGUAGAAAUUGUUCCCGUUGCUGGAAGGAUUGAGAACCUGAAGAGACAGAUUCAGCAAAAGGAGCCGUGUCUACUGCUCAGUGUUUAGCACUACUGCCUCACCGUUCCAGGGGCCUGGGUUCGAUUCCACCCUCGGGCGACUGUCUCUGUGGGGUUUGCACGUUCUCCCCGUGUCUGUGUGGGUUUGCUCCCACAGUCUAAAGAUGUGCGGGUUGGGUGGAUUGGCUGUACUAAAUUGCCCAUUGUGUCCAGGGAUGUACAGUUUAGGUGGACUAGCCAUGGGAAAUGCAGAGUUACAGGGAUAGGGCAGGGGUGGGUAUGGAUGGGCUGCAUUUUGGAAGAUUGAGAGGGGGCGAAUUGACUGUUUCCACACUAGGGAUUCUGGGACAUGAGGAGAAACCUUACACACGAUGAGUGGUUAGGCUCUGGAAUGCACUAAAUGGGGGGGUGGUGGAGGCAGGUUCAAUCAAAGCUGUCAAAGGGGAUUUGGAUCAUCAUCUGAAAGAUUAGAGUAAGGGGGAAGCUGAGGCAGUGGCUGUAGGUGGACAGUUCCUUCAGAGAGCCAGUGUAGACAUGACAGACGGAAUGGCCUCCUCCUCCCAUGUGCAGUUUCUAUUCUUUGUCCAGCAUCUCGAUUUCUCCCCCUCCCCAUCCAACACCUCCCCCCAACCCCACACUGAUUGAAUGGCACAGCAAAAAAAAAAGCCUCUCCUUUCUGUAGCACCUUCUGUCACAACCUCAGGACGUCGCUCGCGCUACCGUGAGGCGUUUCUGCUGUUGCGACGGAGGAAACCCAGCACCAUGGCAGCGGACAGCAAGAUCCCACAAACAGCAAUGCCGCAAUGACCAGCUAUUUUGUUUUUUUGAAGAAAAAGGGUGCUGUUUGCCAAGGGAUAAAUGUUGACCUCAGGCCCCGUGAAGGGGACCUACCAAGCCUGCGACCAAGAAUAUUUUUUUGUUUUGAAAAAGAUAUCUAUUUUGUUACAAUUUUAUUUUUUAUCUUUUGUACUGAAGUAUAGCAUUUAUUUAGCUUGGGACUAAAGUUGAUCACGACUGAGAAAUUUUAUAAGCUUAUUUUUUUAAACGUGACAAUUAAUCUGUCGCCCCUCUUGUUGAAAGUGGGGCUUGAAAGACUGGGGUCAAGAGGACAACUUUUGCCUCAGUCACCAUUUUAAGUUGUGAAAGACUCGGUAUCCCAUGGAAAUGUGUCAUGACACCUUUCCGCCUGUGGUGGCGCAAUUGCACCUCUGGCAGCGUGACAGGUUUACAUGGCUAGUCUCCAUUAAUAAAAGGGGCCUGACGAUUUGGAACAAAAUGCAAUAAAGAUUAACGGGAACUGUUUGCCAGUGAUACGACUGUCAAAUCGACACCUUUUAUUCCCAUUGCAAAGUUCCUGCGGAUGGAUAAUAUUUUGCUUUUGACAAGGAAAUGCGAAACUCUGAGGAGGUUAACUCUUGGCUGUUUCAGUCGGGCGUGUUUUGCUUUGCAGAAAAAUUGCGCAGUGCAUGUUGUUUUUUUUUUAGAAAAAUGAUUCCACGUUCCAGGCAGAAAAGCCUUGUGCCCUCGUCAGCUCGAGGAGGAAACGGGACACAAACUUGCAGCUCCCUGCUGCAGUCCCUGUCCAAACAGUGUCCACACAUCAGCAGAAAUCGGUAAUUAUUUAGUCAGUGGGCAAAACAGGCCACUAAGGAGGUUCAGAAAUCUAAUCCUGUGUGAUACAUGUGUGCAUUACUGGCAGGGAAAGGUUGGUCACUGUAUGAUACUGGGCUACAGUACUGUACCCUGGUGUUAUAUAGUGACCUCACCAGUUCAGUGCCACAGUGACAGACCUAUUCCCACCAAUACUUUAUCCCAGUGUUAUACACUGACAGACCUGUCCCCACCAGUACUGUACCCCAGGGUUAUACAGGGACAGACCUGUCCCCACCAGUACUGUGCCCUGUGUUAUACAGUGACAGACCUGUCCCCACCAGUACUGUACCCCAGUGUUACACAGCGACAGGCCUGAACCCCCAGUACUGUAUCCCACUGUUAUACAGGAACAGGCCUGUCCCCAUCAGUACUGUACCCCAGUGUUAUACAGUGACAGACCUGUCCCCACCAGUACUGUACCCCAUGUUAUACAGGGACAGACCUGUCCCACCAGUACUGUACCCCAAUGUUAUACACUGACAGACCUGUCCCCACCAGUACUGUUCCCCAGUGCUAAACAGUGGCAAACUUGUCCGCACCAGCACUGUACCCUGCUGUAUUGUACAAUGAGACCUGUCCCCACCAGUACUGUUUUCCAGUGCUUUACAGUGACAAACCUGUCCCCACCAGUACUGUAGCCUGCCAUAUUGUACAGUGACAACCUGUCCCCACCAGUACUGUACCCCAAUGUAAUACAGUGACAGACCUGUCCCCACCAGUACUGUACCCCAGUGUAAUACAGUGACAGACCUGUCCCCACCAGUACUGUACCCCAGUGUUAUACAGUGACAGGCCUGUCCCCAUCAGUACUGUUCCCCAUGUUAUACAGUGACAGACCUGAACCUACCAGUACUGUACCCCAGUGUAAUACAAUGACAAACCUGUCUCCCACCAGUACUGUAGCCUACCAUAUUGUACAGUGACAGACCUGUCCCCGCCAGUACUGUACCCCAAUGUAAUACAGUGACAGACCUGUCCCCACCAGUACUGUACCCCAGUGUAAUACAGUGACAGACCUGUCCCCACCAGUACUGUACCCCAGUGUAAUACAGUGACAGACCUGUCCCCACCAGUACUGUACCCCAGUGUUAUACAGGGACAGACCUGUCCCCACCAGUACUGUGCCCUGUGUUAUACAGUGACAGACCUGAACCCACCAGUACUGUACCCCAGUGUAAUACAAUGACAAACCUGUCUCCCACCAGUACUGUAGCCUACCAUAUUGUACAGUGACAGACCUGUCCCCGCCAGUACUGUACCCCAAUGUAAUACAGUGACAGACCUGUCCCCACCAGUACUGUACCCCAGUGUAAUACAGUGACAGACCUGUCCCCACCAGUACUGUACCCCAGUGUAAUACAGUGACAGACCUGUCCCCACCAGUACUGUACCCCAGUGUUAUACAGGGACAGACCUGUCCCCACCAGUACUGUGCCCUGUGUUAUACAGUGACAGACCUGUCCCCCAGUACUGUACCCCAGUGUAAUACAGUGACAGACCUGUCCCCAUCAGUACUGUAACCUGCCGUAUUGUACUGUGACAGAUCUGUCCGUGCCUCUCUAAAUGCUUAUAAAUCCUGUCUUUUAGAUCACGUCCAACAUCCUACCCACCACCAAUGUCAUACUUACAGACUAUAGUUCCCAGGCUACUCCUUACUGCCUUUCUUGAACAAUGGUAAAACAUUAGCAAUAUUUCAGUCCUCUGGCACCUCACCUGUGUUUAUUGAUGAUACAAAUCUCUCUGCUCAGGGCUCCGCAAUUUCUUCCCUAAUUUCCCACAACGUCCUGGGAUGCACUCGAUUAGGUUUGAGAGUUUUAUCCGCCGUUAUCCCUCUUCUGUAACGUGAACUAUUUUCAAUACACCAGUAUUUAUUUCCCCACGUUCUCUGGGCUCCACGUCUUUCUCCACUGUAAAAAUUGACCCAAAAUAUCCAUUUAAUAUCUCUCCCAUCUCCUGGGGUUCAACACGUACAUGACCUUGUUGACCUUUAAGGGGCCCCGUUCUCUCCCUAGUUGCUCUAUUGUUCUUUAUGUACUUGUAGAAUCACUUUGGAUUAUCCUUAACCUUAUCUGCCAAGGCUAUCUCAUAUCCCCUUUUUGCCCUCCUGAUAUUCCUCUAAGGUUUGCCCCUUUAAACCCUUCAGCAGAUUCUUUUGAUACUAGUUGUCCAGAUCUAAUAAAUAAUUCUUCCUUAAUCUUGACUCAAAUCUCAAUAUUUGCCUCCCACUGACAUGGGCACAAGGUCACCCCAAGUGGUGUCCCCUAAACUUGCAGAUCAGAAACCACCUCAUACACUCUGUAAGAGACACAAAGAGAAUUUCUUUCAACUCCAGCCCAAACAGUUGGGGUGCAAGUGUUUUAUGGUGUGGAUGCUGGGAUCACAGUCUGUGGGGAUUCUCAAAGCUGGGGUAGGACAUGUGGGGUAAAUUAGGCUUGGAAAAGUGUCAUGGGGUGUGGGUGCCGGGGAAAUGUUGGUGUUGUCAAUUGUACGGAUAGUUCAUACAGAAUUGCAGAACACUGUGAACUCCCUUUCUGGCCCGGCUGCAGACAGGGGAUUAAGUUCACGUUGCUUCACCUACAGCCUGGGACAGACUUGAUGGGCCAAAGGGCCUUUUCUGUGUUUCUGAGAGCCCACAGUGUAUCUGGGGCAGAGCUGUUCCUAUACUUAUUGUAGCAGUGACAACAUGUACUGAGGUACAGCCUUGAUCAGAAUGCUUGUAAAUAAGAGAUCUGCUUGUGUUGAAAUAAAACAAUUUGAGCUUCUUA